CAUUUAUAGUUAAUAAAGAAAACCCUUAAUUUCCGCCGCAGCUCCGCCGUAACGCAGCGGCGUCCUUCUUCUUCUAAUUCGCCGGCACUAGAAGAAAGAAAAAUAGCUCAGUUAUUUGAUGUUGCGAGUCUUUAGAUAGCUGUAUCAGUUUGUUUCAUUUUAGUUGUUAGGGUUUUUGGUGGUCGAAGAUGUAUCCUUCUCGAGGAAGUAAUGUGUAUGGCCAACAAUCCUACUCUUCGCAACCAAGCUACGGCCAAAAUUUGGGACAUGGUUACUCCGAGAGUUCUGCUGGAGGGCCUGAGAGGUCCUCUCAGCUACCUACAGGUUCACGACAUUCUUCGAUGUUAGGAACCCCCCAAGAUGCAGAAAUGAAUCCUUACACAACUCACAGUCAUCAUCCAUCAACAGCACCUAAUUAUGGUGGGCAAUAUAGCUCUGUGUAUGGUUCAACUGCUCAGCAGAUGCCCACAAUUGGUGGAAAAGGAUCUGGAUCAUCAGCUUUGGAAAGUCGUAGCGGCUUUGGUGUGGAUUCGCCAAAGUUCACAGCAGGUGACUACGUUUCAUCAUCCAGCCAUGGAUAUGGUCAUAAGGCUGAACAGCAAUACACUGAUAGGGUUUCUGAUUAUCCAACCCUUGAUAGACGAUAUGGUGAACGGCACAACUCUUAUGUGGGGAGAGAUCUGACAAGUGAACAACCCAAUCGAUAUUCUGAUUCAAUUUCUUUUGGUAAUAAGCAUCAGGCUGAAAGAUAUGAGCAUAUGGAUCAUGCAUCUAUAUUACGACAAGAGAAAAUGCGACAAGAGCAAAUGCUGAAGUCUCAGGCAUUGCAAUCUGCAUCCAUUGAUGGAGGAUCUAGACAAGCUGAAUAUCUUGCAGCAAGGAGUGCUGCUGUUCGUCUUGCAGCCCAAGAUCCCAUAUCUUAUAGUAGCAGAAUCGACUCGGAUCCUCGCACUUUAUCAACGUUACCUGGAUCAUUACUUCCUGGGCAACAUGCUCCUUCUAUCCUAGGAGCCGCACCGCAAAGAGCUGUUGAGGAUGUCAUGUAUGUUCAAAAUUCUACGAAUCCUGGUUAUGGAGUGAGCCUGCCUCCAGGUAGAGACUAUGGGAUAGGGAAGGGACUUCAUGCAACUUCCGUUGACUCUGACUAUCCUAGCAGUGUGUUGGCACGUGCUGGUCACUCAAGGUUUGAUGAUUAUAAGGAUGACAGGGUUGUCUACUCUCGGGAGCUUGAACGAAGGGAGAAAGAUCGACACUCUUCACGCGAGCGAGCGAAAGAUCGAGAAAGGGCGAAAGAUCGAGAAAGGGAACGGGAUCGAGAUCGGGAGCGGGAACGAGAACGAGAGCGAGAACGAGAACGAGAUAGGGAACGAGAACGACAGCGACAAAGAGAGCGUGAUCGUGAACGUGCUUUGGAACGUAAGGAGAAGGAGAAAGAUCAUGAGCCCAAACGUGGAGCUGAAAUAAAGCAUGACCGAACACCUCCCAGGAGUUCCAGGGACCGACGAGGUCCCUCUUUAACCAAGGACAGUAGAUCUACACGACAAGAAUCUCCACGUCCUGAAGCUUUGAAUAGGCGUCAUUCACCUGUUAAAAGGAGAGAGUAUUUCUGCAAGGUUUAUUCAUCCAGUUUGGUUGAAAUUGAGAGGGAUUAUCUCUCACUGGAUAGGCGGUAUCCUAGGCUUUUCAUAUCUCCAGAAUGCUCAAAGGUAGUUGUAAAUUGGCCAAAAGGGAAUCUUAAGCUUUCUUUUCAUACUCCUGUCAGUUUUGAGCAUGAUUUUGUUGAUGGAGAGGCUGCAACAGCGCUGAAACGGCUGUCAUCGAAACCGUCUGCUGGUGACCCUGAAAAAUCAGAACCUGGGAUGACUAUAUGGAAUGCUAAGAUGAUUUUGAUGAGUGGGCUCAGCAGAAAUUCUCUGGAAGAGUUGUCAUCCGAUCGAAACUAUGAUGACCGAAUACCUCACAUGUGCAAUAUGCUUAGGUUUGCGGUUCUUAAGCUGGAAAAUUCUUUGAUGACUGUAGGGGGGCAGUGGGAUAGUGUUGAUGGUGGUGAUCCAUCAUGUGAUGACUCCGCUUUGAUUCAGACAGCUCUUAGACAUGCAAAGGACAUAGCUCAUCUUAAUUUGAAGAACUGCCAGCAGUGGAACCGUUUUCUUGAGAUACACUAUGAAAGAGUUGGAAAGGAUGGGCGGUUCAGUCAUAAAGAAGUCACUGUUUACUUCGUCCCAGACUUGUCUGAAUGCCUCCCUUCAUUAGAAUCAUGGCGUGAGCACUGGUUUACUAAAAGAAAGGAUAUUGCUGAGAGAGAAAGGGAACUUGCUCUGAGUAGAGAGAAAUCCGGUGAGAAGGAAAGCGUGAAAGAUGCUAAGAGGGGUCCCAAGUCAGAGAGAAACUCUGCAUCUGAACAGUCUGCAGAAGCAAGCAAGAAGGAGAAUGAUGGCAAACUGAAAGAGAGUAUAGCUGAUAAAGAAGGGUCUAAGAAAAAAGGUGGAGAGAGUAAACAACCUCUUGAAACUGGUAAGGUGGGAAAUGAUAAUGCUGAACCGAAUCCAGCUGCUAUUGAAACAGAUGGUAGUGCAAAAUCAGUUAAGAAGAGAGUUAUAAAAAGAAUUGUUAAACAGAAGAUCUCCAAUAAGAAAGAUUUGGAAACCACAGAGAAAGUGAAUGAGAAGGUGGAUAGUAAAGAAACUGGGGAUGGAAAUAUGGGCACAGAGAUUGCUUCUCCCCAGGUUGGAGCAUCUGCUAACCCUCCAGUUAAAACUUUUAUAAGGAAGAAAAUUGUUAAGAAGGUUCCUGUGGUGAAAACUCCAGAAGAAGAUGGGAUGAAACCUCCUGAUGUGGAAAGUGUCAAGGAGGUGGAAUCUUCGGAAGAUAAGGGGAAUAGUAAAACUGAUGGUAAUAGUACUUCUAUCAAGCAGGAUGCUGUUGUGAAGAAAUUAGUUAAGAGAAAAAUAAUUAAGAGGGUUCCCAAACGAAAGGCAGCAACUACAGACACCAACAAUGGAGCCACUGGUGUUGCUAGUCUCAAAGACGAUGUGAAAGAGGAGAAAUCAGUUCAAGCUGAAAGUGAGGUGAAAAAUGUGGGUGAUAAUAAUGCAGAAACUGCAGAGAAUGUGAGUGUUGUCAACCAAGAACAGAAGGUUAGCCCCAAAACAAAAUCAAAAAUAGCUGGCGUGAAGCAAGAAACUAAAGAAGAAAAAAAGACCAAGGAGUUAAAUCUUGCUGGGUCCAAGAAAGAAUCCGAAGCAGACAAGCAUAAGAGUUCUCAAAAUGAUGACCUUUUAAAGCUUAAAGGAAAGGAAGGCCCCAAAGAACAAACAGGAAAGAAGGAUCAGGAUGAGAAAAUCCUUUUGAAGAGCAAAUCAACGAAAGAGAUCAAAGAAAAGAGAAGUGAAGAUCCUCCUCGGCACCCUGGAUUUUUUCUUCAAACAAAAGGGAGCAAGGAUAUGAAGUUGCGGUCAUUGUCUCUUUCAUUGGAUUCUUUGUUGGAUUAUACUGAUAAGGAUAUUGAAGAGUCGAGAUUUGAGCUUUCACUUGUUGCGGAAUCCCUGUAUGAAAUGCUUUACUAUAACAUGGCUUCUCGUCUCUUAACUUUUCUUCAGAAAUUGCGUUCUAAGUUUUUGAUCAAGCGAAACCAGCAGAAAAGACAGAGAGAAGAAUCAUCCAAGAAGAUAAGUGAGGGAAAAUCAGCCAAGCGUGCAAAGAAGACAGAUGAACAUAUGGAGGAUGGCAAAUCUACUAAAACUGAAUCACAUGGCAAACAUGAUCAAGAAGAUGAAAAAUUGUCUGUCAAGGAAGAGGCUACUUCGCUAAAUAAUGCUGAAGAGACAGUGACACCAGAUGAAAAUGCAAAUGAUGACUCUGAGAUGGAUGAAGAUCCGGAGGAAGAUCCAGAGGAGGAGUCAGAAAUGCAAGACACAAGCCCGCAGGAUGGCCAGGCUAAGGAGGCAAAGGAAAAUGCCGAGGAAAUGCAAACUGAUGCUGAUACUGGAGGUGAACUGUCUGGAAACGGCAAAGAUGAAGGAGCUUCUGAGAUAAAGCCAAAUCUAGAAUCAGGCAGCAAAGAAGUGACAACAAAGGUCGAGAAAAAUACUAGAGCUACUCUGGGUGAGGUUAACAAAGAACUGUUGCAGGCUUUCAGGUUCUUUGACCGAAACCGAGCGGGAUAUGUUAGGGUCGAAGAUAUGAGAUUAAUCCUCCACAACUUGGGGAAAUUCCUUUCUCACAGAGAUGUCAAGGAACUUGUGCAAAGUGCACUUAUAGAGAGCAACACCGGGAGAGAUGACCGAAUUCUCUACAAGAAGUUGAUCGACAUGAACUUGUGAAGUUCGUUGCAGGAUUAGUUAGUGGAUUAUUAUCAAAUUUCAGUGCUGCCUUUUCAAUGAAUUGUUUAAUGGUGAACAAACGAUGCCCUAGAAUAGACUUGAAUUAUUGGCUAGUGAUUAAAUAAUCUAAAACCGAAUCAUUACAGAAUAGUUGAUACUCGUGCAAAGUAUUUUUCAUAGUGGCCAUUCAGUUCUUACUCAGUGUGCAAUUUGGCUAUCUCCAAUAUGACGAUUAUAUUCUCUAGCCUAUGCCAGACAGUGCACAAGGCAGGUGGAAGUUGCAGAAUCUGCCCGUCUCUACGAUG